UGUUAGAACUACUAGAUGUGCACAAGAUCACUCAGGCAAGCUCUUGUUGCUGCAGAUCCGCCAGAGAAGCUACAGCAGACUUGUCCAACUUGUCCCGUCCUGCUCUCCGUAGACAGCCCGGUGGCCAUGGAAACCGCAGGGAUCACUCUGGAGGCCUAUAAGAGGCAGUCCACUCUGGGCGCUGGGCUUGGUGUGAAACGGGUCACCCGAGCUGCAGUUCAGAACGUGCCAAAAAAAGCGGUGUUUGUAGAGUACACGGUCCAGCAGUGUCCAGAGGGAUUUACGGAGAGAGGGACCUGCCAGCGGCUGACUCUCAAAUCAGACACACAGACGGCAGGUUUCUGUACAGGAUCCGUGUACGGAGACAUGAGCAAACACCCGGACGUCCAGGUGUCCUGUGAGAUGUAUAAGAUACAGAACGUGGACAUGGUCCAACCUGUAAAACCGCAAGUUCACGACCUCCCCAUAGACCCCAUGAUCCCAACCUUUCCACCUCUGCCUGAUGACCCUGUGAUUGACCUGCAGCCCAUUCCCUCUGACCCUCCAACUCCCGAUGUCGCUCAGCCAGCUCCGAUUGACCCCACAGCUAUGCCCUCUCUUCCUACAGAUCCCCCAGUUGUGGUUAACCCCUCCGUCCUUCUCUCUUCUUCCAGUGAGUCUGCUGAGAGAACAGUAAGCCAACAACAGCACACAAGGACUCUGGAUUCUUCCUCUGAGGAAAUUGGAGUCCUGGUGGCCCGGCUUCCACCGUUUAACUUCCGCUACCCGAGGCGUAAGCGUGACAAGAGGCAGAGCUUGACGGAGACUUCUCCCUCACACAGCCCGGUGUUCCUGUCUGAUUUCCCCAGCGGGUCAUCUCCUUUUCGAUCCUGUCCUGGUCCGGCGCGAUACGCCACAGCGUAACCAGUACUUCGCUGCUCAGAAAUCCAUUUACUCAUGUAUGAUUUACCCACUGAGAGUCUGAACCGAUAAACUGCUCCAAUCCCUGUCACUGGAGGCUUGUAAUAAUUUGUGCUAAUGAGAGGAAAGCAUUUUUUUCUCUGUGGCCUUGAAGUGACCUCUCUUCUGUACUGUUGCUCCCAAAGCAGCUCAAACAUGAAUUUAAAAAUGGUUACUCACAUUUUAAGAGAUUGUAAUAAAUCUCCAGUAAGCUACUUGAAGACAAUAAAGAAGUUUGGAUUUAU